AUGGCGUACAGGUUCAGCCGGCUUCGGGAUAUUUCAAAGCGACUACAAGAUGUUUUUAAGGUAAAAAUGGGUUGAUUUUAGAGUUAAAGCUGUUUUCUUUAUGUAUAGAUGUCAUAAGAUGACUUUCAGUUGGAGUAAUCGAGUUCGAAUACCGAUUUGUUGCUAAGAUUUAUAAUGUGUGGUGAAGACUUUUUUUAAACCGUUCCAGACGCAUCUGAACUGUCUAGUGGCGGCAGAUGAUUAGUAAAAUCUAGGGAGAAUUUUUUUUAUGUUACGAUUUGUUUUGUUGAAUUUGUGAUAUAAGCGUAAUGUAACUUGAAUCAGCUUGUGAAUUGCAAUAAGACGUAUUUAAUUAAGUUCGUUUCCUAUUGGUAUUAUAAAUUUCACUUACUGAUAUUUCAGAGAGUUGUAUUAUUUUCCUCAAACGAGUAGAAUAGGCAGCCAUAGUCUGUUAAGGCCCAAGCUUUAUAAGAAAUAAAAAACAUCGGAGUGCAAACAUCCGUACUGCACUACUGUAAAUUUAAAAGCAAAUGCAAAAGCCCAGAUUUGUACAUUUGGACUGCUGAAAAUUGUUUUUAAACUGUCAGUUGAUCAGGGUUGAAUGGGCAAUAUCACAGGAAAUUUCCAGGCUUUUGUGUUAAAUACACCAGAAUUAUGAACAAUCCCCGUCUGAUGGAAAACUGACUGUUGAACGCAAAGGAAAAGACCUUCACUUUCUAAGGUAUAGGCAACCACAGGCAAUAGGCCAUUUGCACUAAGAGGUCAUGCGACAUAGUUUUCAUGAAAAUGAAAGUGAUAUGAUUUUGCCUUUGAAAAACGAUUAGUGGGUCAUAUCUUAAACAAAAUAAUAGCGAUUUAGUUUUUCAAACCCGCACCAUUUUCUUAAAAUGAGUAAGUUCCUUUUUUAAAAUUAAGAAUAUCUUCUUUCUGAACACAAGCUUUCCACUUAAACUUCAAGGGGGAUGUUGAAAAAAUGACGUAGUAACGUUUACAGCAAAUCUGAGCGUAACUAUCAAACAUUUAACAAGAUAUAAGCAAAAAGUAGUUUUGGCCGCCAUAUUGGAGGGCAAGAGUAUGCCCUCCAACAUGGCGGCCCAUACAAAUCAUACUACUUUGUUAAAAAAUCAAAGUGCUAUAAAAUAGCUCCCUUAAAUGCGUUUCCUCUCAAACUUCGGGUGUAAGCUAAUUUUUAUGUGCUCUGUCAAUUUUUGGUAUCAGCAAGAUUCCAACUCAUUGUUUAAAGGAAGCAUUGGUCACGUGACCUCUUAGUGCAAGUGGCCUAUAGUUUGAAAGAAAUUUUUCAGAAAUAUCUAUGUCAAACUUGAAACGUUUGUCAGUGUUUGUGCCUGUAACAUAUCCAUUCACUUUGUUCAAAUAAAUUUACUUAGAGAAAAAGAACACACUGUACUCUUUUAUACAUGACCUUUUUUUUCCUUCAAAUAAAUUAAUGUGUGUUACUGUUACCCAUGAUUUGCAUAAUAAGAAUUUCCAUUUCCAGUUUAACAUCCCUCCUUGAGGAAAACAGGAUGGCUUAUUGUAUGUUUCUUAAUCACUAAUUUAGACCCAGACCAGGCUAGCUACUGCGGCAACAGCAGAGGGAGCAAAGAGUAAACGAAGUGUGAGUUUUUUUGGCUUUUUUCUUUAGUUCAGUUUAUUUCCUUUCAAUUUUUAUAAAGAUAAUUGUCCAAAGAAACUUUAUAUAAGAAUACAAAGCUUAUAUUUUAAAUGAACAAUUGUGAAAAAGGUCUGUUUUAGAAUAAUUUUUUACCCUUUUUUCAUUGAGUCAAGUUUACUAAACAAAUUUUGUUCUAAUAAUAAAUUAUUCAAUAUGUUCAAGGACUGAGCUUUAGAUUUAGUCAUUAUGAUGAAGGUUUGGUUCUCCUCCUUUGGUGAUAGUAAGUUCCCUGUAUAGCGAUAUUGAAAUAUGAUUUAGGAGUGUGAAGGGACACUAGAUAAGUGCAUAACAGCUCUUAUAUCUCAUAGCUAAAUUUAAAACUCCCAAAGGAUAAAGUCUGGAAAAGUGGUAAAAAGUCUUCAGUUUAUUUUAAAGCUACAAGUGCUUUAGAAGUGAAAUGUUUUCUGUUUUGGUCAAAUCUUAUUCAAUCUCGCCCAUGUGUUUGCAGCACACCUUGCGAAAAGCUUUGUUCCUGCAUUUUUUAAUGUCUCUAUUGAUCAUCUAUUUGAUAACCUUGAGUCUGAAAAAGAAAUUAUUGUUUUGGAGUAAAAUCUGGAAAAAGUCUUGAAUAUUGGAUCCAGCAAUCUGUACAAACCCUGUGCAAACCAGCACAGGGGACCUUUUAAUGAAGGGCUAUAACAAGGUUUCGUUAUCUUGAGGCUUUUUUCCAUGUUAUAUUUUACUAUCACUGGGGAGAGGAAGAAUUAUUGUCCAUUCAUUUUUAGCACCAUAACAUUUCUGUAAAAAUUGGGACCUGAAGAAGCAAAACAUAAACUGGGGUGUCAGUGAAGAUUUGUCUAUACUUUCUCUGACAGAUGUGGUUUGCACUUGGCACGCUUGCUGCAGGAGGUCUUGCAACAGGAUACUUACUUCAGCCAAGUGUUAAUGCUAAUGAGCUGGAACUCCAUCCUCCGCAUUUUCCCUGGGCUCAUAAGGGUGCGUUUAGUUCACUGGAUCAUGCGGCGUAAGUAAUCCCAUGUUAUCAUAUUCUAAUGGGUAAUUUCCUUACUAAUAGCAGUGAAAAUCCUAAUUGUCUGUUUUUUGUUGUUGUUGUUGUUUUUUUUUUGUUUGUUUGAGAAAAUUUGGAACAUUGGACAAAAUAUGCAGUUUUGGUGAAAAUUGUCCCGGUGAUCAAGAUUAAACAUAGUUUGAAACACCCUGCAAGUGCUUAGCCCUCAUCAACUUUUGAUAAUUUGCUAGCUUCCAUUCUUGUUUUGAAUUGCCUUUUAUUUUCUUGUGAAAAAAAGGAGAAUUUGAUGCUUCAUCAAGUGUCGCCCCGGGUUAUUCUACACACCUCUUCGAGAUUCAUGUUCUUGAUUGAUCCUAAAAUUUGCCAUUUUCCUUGAAGCAUUCGUCGAGGCUAUGAAGUUUACAGACAAGUCUGUGCAGCCUGCCAUUCUAUGGACCAAUUAGCAUAUCGCCAUCUUGUGAAUGUGGCAUACACAGAAGAUGAAAUGAAAGCUAUAGCUGCUGAGGUAAUGAUGCAUUACUCAUUUGUAUAAACAACCCCUUUCUGGCUUGUAUGCGUAUGUUAUUAUUCAUACAAAAUAUUUCCCCAAUUCUGAUUGGCUAAAAGCACGCGCAUUUUCACUAGAACCAGCUACUGAUGACCAAAUUUGGAAGAAUUUUGCGAUUAAUCAACCGAUGACGUCAAUAGUGCAGCUUCCUUACAGGUUAAUACACCUUUAACCGAGAAGACCUGGGGACUAGGUUGAGUUGUUUUGGUUGUGAAAACAAAAAUGGCGGACAUUUCACUCAUUUCAAGAGUAAGAACUAGGCAAAAUGAUAGCUAAAAACAUGGCAAGAACAGUAAGAAGACAGCUCGAACCACGACAUCUGCUAUUUGAAGAAUAUUUGCAGAGCUGAACAACCCUGAACAUGCACUAUCGAAGAUGAACUUAACAUCGAUGGAGGUACGCAUGUUUCAGCUAUGUUUUUAAACUAGGAAUUAUUUUGAAUGAAUAAUGAAACAAUAAUAUCAUUGAAUUCAGCUUUCGUAUCUUAUAAAGAAUUAUGGAGAUCUCAGAGGGUGUUAUUCACCUCGGCCUAUAACCUCGAUGGAUAACACCCUCCUUGAUCUCCAUGAUUCUUCAUGAGAUACUCAGCCUCAUUCAUUAAUUGUAAAUUUUUUGUCGAGAAAAACAGGACUACAUUUUCAGAAAUGUCAUUGCUUCCUUAAAAUUUCCACCAGAAUGACCUGAAAAGUUCUGUUCCUUUUACUGUCCAACCAGAUUUUCUGGAAACAUUUUGUAAAUGGUAAACAACCCACGUUUUACAAGGGUUUGUGAGAUACUUAUGUCUUGUAAAAAAGAUGUGCUAAUUUGUUUUGUAGAAGAAGGUUUGUUGGCUGGACAUGUUUGCUAGAAAAUUAACAAUUUAGGUGUGCACAUGGCGCUUGUUACCCAAAGUUGUUGAGGGCCAACAGAACCACCUGCACACAAUAUGUGAGGAACACUCUAGGGCUGUUAACACUGUACAAUAGGAGACGAUUCCUCAAAUUUGAUUUUAUUUUUAAGAUUGUAAACAACCAACACUGCCUUAAGCAACUAGAGGGUUACAUAACUAGUAGGUCUGAGCCCCAAAACAGAAAUCUGCGGAACCAAGGCACUCUCGACAUACCAUAAUCUACUACUUCUUCAGGGAGAAAGACUUUCUAAAUUGCUGGUACAAGUGACUGGAACUCACUCCCUACAGAACUUAUUAAAACAACUAGUAUAGGCUCUUUUAAAUUUAAUAUUUUUAAACAACUGAGAGACAGUGACAUUAGUAAUCAUAAAUGUACAGUGUAACUAGUUGGAUUUUUUUAGUGUUUUUAAUAGUUUUUAGUGGUUCUUAAUAUUUUUUAUUAGUUUUCAGUAGUUCUUAAAUUAACGGUUUUUAGUAGUCUUAUCUUAGCAGUUUUUAGCGUCUUUGAAAUGUAAUUUAGAAUAAUAUUAUUAUAAAUUUUAUUUACUGGACAUCUUGUAAAGACCAGCAUUGUAUAAUGCUGAUAGAUAUCUCCGGUAUAAAUAUAGCUUUAAUUACUAUUAUUAUUAUUAUUAUUACUAUUAUUAUUAUUAACGUUACAGUGUAAUCACCUGGUAUGCUUUCAUUUUGCAUCUCCCAUUGCAAUUAACAAUACCAAAAACACUGUUUAAUUUUGGCUUUAGCUACUGCUGCCUUUUACCUCUCCUCUUUUUUUUGGCCCAUGGUGGCCAGCAGCGAUGACAAGAAUCUACUUUGACUCUGGUAUAAAUACAAGUCUUGUUUUGUCAAAUAGAAACUGGUACAGUUAAAUCUUUGUAAAAUAUUCAUUAGCAGAAAUAGGUCACUUGUUUACUUUCCUAGUUUUUGCUAAUUUUAUUUAUCACUUACCCAUUAAUGGUGCAGAACUUUUUGGAUAGAUGUCAUAAACGCUUUAUUAUUAUUAUUUUCCAAUUUAUUUACUGGUACUAUUAUCAUAUUUCUUCACCGACAGGCUCAGGUUGAAGAUGGACCAGAUGAUGAUGGAAACAUGUUUACCAGACCAGGGAAGGUGAGAAAAAAACACCAGAAUGUGAUACUUUGUGAACUGUGUCACCAUUAAAUGUAGAGAGGAUCAUUGCAGUUAAAGACACAGCUUAUGCAGUUGCAAAAAGAGAGCUUGAAAAGAUUUAGGCUUUCCUGGAUUCGAACCCUGACAACUGGGAUACCAGUGCAGUGCUCUAACUAACAUUUCUUUUUGUUGAGGUACAACCAGUUGCAAAAGUACUUGAGACACUGUACCGUAUUUUGGCAUAAAUGGCCUGUCCAUGAUCUUGUGCUUGUGAUCCCCCCUCUACCCCUUAUCAAAGUUGCUAGCAAUACAAGACCAUACUCAAAACUUGGAGGAACAACUUUGAAUGGGAGGGAGGAGGGAGGUCAGUAUUAUAUCUCACAGACCUGUGACCAGGAGCGAUUUGAAGCAAAAAAGGCCGUUUUUUCGUGGGAGUGUCUCAACAUUUUUGCAACUGGUUAUAGCAAGCCAUCUGAGAGCUGGUCAUUAAAUUGGUUCAUGGUAUACCCAUGAAAGACUUAAGUGAAGUGAAUGGUGAACGGCAUCACAGAGCUCAGGGUUCCAAUCCUCGCAGGCCUAAAUUUUUUCAGGCGUUUUCUCAUAACUGCAUGAUGAUCUCCAUUCCAUGGUUCACUUAUGUGAGAUUUCACAUGAGUGUAUAUUCACUUGUGUGGCUAUUCUCUGUUAAUAAUUACCUCUUUUGCAUUUUUAGCUAUCAGAUCAUUUUCCUAAGCCAUAUCCAAAUGAACAAGCUGCCAGAGCUGCAAAUGCGGGUAAGAAAUAUGAACUUCAAGGUGGCUGAACACAGUUUUGGCAGUUUGUGAGUAUAUGUCAUUUACCAAAUCAUAGCAAGCUCACAAGCUGAAACUUAGCAAUUGAAAAAUAUACUGAUGAAAGAUUUUGAUUGACUGGUAAAAUGUGAUAUUUUCAUAGUGUCCAUGGCAACAUUAACGAUCGAAUACAGCCUUAAAAUUUCACUUUUGCUCAGUUUACAUAAAAUUCUCUCAUUGGAUUUUGCCAUAAACUUGCACACAGCUUACUUUAAUUAUUCACUACCAUUUGAAACUUAUUUGACCAAAUUUUAACAGACGGGUUUUUAGAUAAUCAAUAAUAUAAUUAUACUGUAAUUAUUAAAUGUGUCACAAAAUUCGUCUGUUCAACUUCCAUUUUAAAGUUCUCAUUAUUUAAAAUAUAUCAAAGUAAAAAUUCUGCCAAAUAUCACAAAAUUUUAAUAACUAGAUUUGAGAAAUCGUCUCCCGUGUACCUGUCCAUUAUUCUCCGCCAUAAUUGUUUGUCUGAUUUAGAACACGCACCGUCACACAAGUUACAGCUGACCCCCUGCAAAACUGUGUUCAGCGAUCAACAGUUGAAAGUUAUUCCAAACAAAUUCCACUACUGUUUAACUCAGAAAACUGUGAACACCUAAGAUAUUUCAGGAUUUGGUUGUGUAGUGGCAAAUCACAAUAAAGUUCAGGACAUGCGAGCAGCUUCAAAACCAAAAACUUAUUACUAUGAUCGUGGUUUAGUCUGAUUGGCUUUUGCUUGUGUUCAUGGUUUUGUGAGAUUCACGGUAAUAUGUUUGUGAUAAAGAUUUAUUACCAGUAUGAGAGAUUUCCAUUUCUUGAUUACUUAUUUAUGUUCUAAGUGACCCUUAAGAAUACCUGAGAAAUUGUCAUUGUUUUGCAUUUUAUAGGUGCUUAUCCACCAGACCUUAGUCUUAUAACAUCAGCACGACAUGGUGGAGAGGUAAGCAAUCACUCAUGGGAUUUAGAAUUUUAUUUAUGGUAA